AUGCCGUUUUCUUCCCGCAUAUCAGCUGUCUUCCGUACUCAUAGAGCGGUUUCUGUGCCAAGGCCUGCAGCAUGUUUUGGGACAUCAAAUAAGUGUUCAAAGUCGGCAUCUGAAGCAAUUAAGGAUAAGACUAAGGAAGUCGAUAAGGCUAUUUCUGGAAAGAUCGUUGAAGGCAUUGAGAUUAGUCAAAACGCUGCAGAGAAAGCUACCAAAAAAGCGAAAGAGAUAAGUGGCAUGUCUACUGGCGAAGUAAAUGAAGAAAUCAAAGGCAAAGCUAGUGAAAUAGCCGAUCAAGCGGAGGAUAAAAAAGAAGAGAUUAAGAAGAAGAUUUGA